GUUUCGGACUGCUUUCGGAAGCAGCGAGGCGAGCCGAUCACCGACAACCGGAAGCACAAGAAUGGGAAGCCUGCCAACAAGGCUGGUACACAGUCAACAGCGAAGGCACAUACAACUUCGGUGGUUCCCGAAGCGGUGUGGAUGGCGAGUGACCCCAAUGCCACUAACAGAGGCUGGGAUUUCUACCUCGACAGUGCCUGCAGCACCCACGUUACCAGCCGCCGGGAUGUGUUUGUUGAAUACACUGAAAUUCCGGAAGGGAAGCGGCCAGUAAAAGGAUCCGAGGGUUCAGUCCUCUUCGCCCGUGGUCCAGGCAACAUCAAACUCAGGAUGCGACUGCCAAACAAUACCAGUCAAGACGUGACAAUCCGGAAUGUACUCUACGUACCAGGAAGUGCCAAUUUGAUCUCUCAAGGUAUGCUCAUGGAACUUGGCCUACGCAUCGUUCCAGUCAAUGGCUACGGUGUCAAAAUCUACAACCGCAACAAUACCCGCUUGCUUGCCUGUGCUCCGCAGGUUGCCUGGAUGUACCCGUUUGACCUGGUUUGGACUGGCAGAGAUGUUGCGAGAUCUGGAUCUUCAACUCUUUCAGCUCUUAAAACUACUGCACAGACAAACGGGGGAGUCGCACAGCUACGCCUUGGGCCUCACUCCAUUGCACACUUGGGAUCUAGCCUCGCCACUUGAGAUGAUGAGAUUUGGACGGCUACUGGCCUCUGGGGGAGUGGGGGAACGAGUGUGUUUCCGGUGAGUAGUCUACUAGCCGUUUGGAGGACCGGUGGUGGGUGCUUGGAAUACCUAUUUAGUGCUGUAGCGGGUCCAAUUUUGAGUUUCUUUUCUCUCUCUCUCUCUUGUACCUGUAGCUCCUAGACCCGGAC